AUGGCCGAGUCAAAGAGGAAGAGUCUUUGGAACUUGAUUCGUGCAAAGAGCACGGCAAUCAGGAACUUCAAAGAUGUCACAAAGGAAGCAGGCCAUAGGAGGACAGCAAGUGAUGGCGACGCAGGUACUCUCCGAAGGAGAUCGGAUUUACCCGCUGAAUUCACAAGCGAUCGUCGCCGACCUAGGCGGCCUGGCGCGAAGGGCUCAAAGGGGAAGGGUCGUGACUACGAGAUCCAUCGUCAUGAUCCAGGACCGCUUACCGACUGGCCGCCAUCAGGCAUGUCGAGCGAGGAAGAGUUAUCUUUGGGACAGGCGAUGCAACUGAUAUCCAGGGGCGCUCCGGCUUUCAGAGGUCAUAAGCGACCUAUACCACACGCUCCCGAUCAUUAUUACACUCUUUACGCUACCGUUGCAGGGAACCAUGGCGAUGACACCGACGCCGCCAACUUGCACGACGCCAUGACCCAGCUCAUGACCCUACGGAAAGAGGGGUCCGGUUACGCAAACUACCCAUGGGAGACUUUCGAGCAGCCAAGCUAUGCCUUUUGCUUUGGAAAACGCGCAGGAACCAUUACUCUCAACCAUUGGGUAUCUUUAGCCAGUGUUAUCCCGCCGUCGAUACCACUUCGUGAUUCUGGCGUAGCACCACGAGAGAUCACGCUAGAUCGCAUCUUUGAGAGGCUCCAGGAGUUGGAAAGGGGGCUAGAGGACGACGAUGAGGAUUUCAUGUACAAGAAUCUCUAUCGACGGCUUCUCCGAGACCCCGACAAGUACCUGAGCCCACACAAGACGUUGGACAAGCAAAUAACAGACCUUAUUAUGGUUCUCUCCCGACCAGACUGGAUCGACUGUACCUUGCCCAAGAACCAGGUCGCCACCAAGUUCAUCUACGACAACUCUCUCGCCAACGCCUCUACUUAUCACAAGUUUUUCCACCAGCUUCUUCUCAGUGUCGAGCUCGACCUACGCAUCAACUCCGGCUUGCACCUCGCGGAAGCAAAAGAGAAGCUCGUGGCCCAGAUCCCACCAACAAUACAAUGGAACCUUGCCCUUGCUCGCCGCUGGCGCGAAAACAUCCGCGUAGACCGCAUUGGGGAGCACCCGGACCAGAUUCGUCUUCGGUUUAAGCUACAGAAGCGUCAAGUCCGCAUGCUCAAGCGAUUUAUCCAGAUGAUGAAGUGGCCCAAUCUCUCCGAGACCAUCGCCUGCCUCAAACAGCACGAAGCCCAGGGAACCCUCACCGGCCACAUAUCCUCGCACGCCAUGGCUUUCUUCAGCGGCCUCAUCCUCCCCGGCACCACCUUCCCCUUCCUAAUCAUGAACUCCCUCGUCGACAUCGACCCCGACCGAGCCACCGACGACCUCGCCCUCCUUACCCACAUCCACCCGCACUGCGGCUUCCAAUACCGCGGCAGCUACACCUACUGGACAGCCGCCUCCAUCGUCGGCAAAGUCCUCGCCCCCACGUGCCUCUCCAUCGCCGGCUGGGUCGGUCCCGCGCGUCCCACCGUCCACCUCGACCGCGCCCAGAUAGCGCGCAUCCGGCAGCGCAAACCGCCCGCCCGCUCGCAGACCGUGACCCCCGAGGACGUCAAGACCAUGAGCGAGCGCUCCGACCCGCUCGGCCCGCCGGCCGAAGUCUUCCCCGUCAAGGAAUACGAGCUCGUAGCCCCCAAGAUGGACGAAGACGAAGACUACGACUACGACGGCUACCUGACCGACCUCGUCCGCAUCGAGAUGCUCCACCUCCGCCCGUCCAACACCAACGACAGCAAGCACUCCAUCACCAGCGGCGUGACGAGCAGUGACAACGGCCCGAAGUGGUUCGACGCCAGCAUCCACUUUGCCAUUGACGGGAACUCGUGGCCUCUAAGGCUGACUUUCGACGUCAACUUUGUGCACGCCUGGCCGUGCAGCGACGGGCCGCAUCCGUUGUUCUUUGACUACGUCUACGAGUCUGUGAGAGCGGACAAGCUGGUGCAUGUGCGGGACUGGAACGGGGUGUAUGGUGGACUUAAUUCCAGUUUGGACGGGAGCGGUAUGCAUGUUGGUGGGCCCAAGUCGUUUCCUGGGUUGGGGAGUAACGGGCUGGGAGGAAGUAAGAAGGGGAGCAACAUUAUGAGCGCUGGCGGCCGCACGACGACGGCGACGGACACUACUGGCCAGGAUCAGGAUAAUGAACGGGUGCUGGUGGUGGAGGCGUUUGGGGUGCCGGAUAAUGAGGUGCUGGCGAGGGCGUGGUGCGCGCACUGGGGGUUGAGUGCUGUGGUUGCUGAUAUUUCGAAGACUUGUAUGGCUUGUGCUAUCCGCGAGGCGUAUGCGGCUGCUUUGACUGUUGUCAUCCUGGUUGAUGAUGGCCAGAAAGUAGAUAACAAAGAUGAGUGA